AUGAGUGGAAGAGGAAGAGGAAGAAAUACUGGACGUGGAGGAGCUCCAAGAGGUGGACGUGGAGGAUCCAAUGGAAGAGGAGGAUUUGGUGGUGAUAAUAAAGGUCCAAGAAGUGCAGGAAGAGGUGCACCAAGAGGUGGACGUGGAGGAGCAAAAGGAGGAGCAAAAGGACGUGGAGGAAUUGGAUCUAAAGGAGGAGUUCAAAUUAGAGAACAUUCAAAAUUCCCAGGUAUUUAUAUUGCAUCAGGUAAAGAAGAACAAUUAUUAACAAUUAACAGAGUUCCAGGAGAAUCAGUUUAUGGUGAAAAGAGAAUUGCUAAAGAAGAUGCUGAAGGAAACAAGAUUGAAUAUAGAGUAUGGAAUCCAUAUAGAUCAAAACUUGGAUGCACAAUUUUGAAAGGAGUUGAUAAUAUGACUAUUUGCCCUGGUGCUAAAGUAUUGUACAUUGGAGCUGCAUCAGGAACAACUGUUUCUCAUGUAUCAGAUAUUGUUGGAGAUAAAGGUACUGUUUAUGCUGUUGAAUUUGCCUUUAGACCAGGAAGAGAUCUUAUUGGUGUUGCAAAGAAGAGACAAAACAUUGUUCCAAUUAUAGAAGAUGCUCGUUAUCCAUUAAAAUAUAGAAUGUUAGUUGAUAUGGUUGAUGUUAUCUUUGCUGAUGUUGCUCAACCAAAUCAAGCUCAAAUUAUUGGACUUAAUGCUAAAUAUUUCUUGAAAAAAGGUGGAUUAAUUAUUGAAUCAAUCAAAGCUAAUUGUAUUGAUUCCACUGCACCAUCUGAUGUUGUUUUCGCUAAUGAAGUUGAUGAGUUAAGAAAACUUGGAUUUAAACCACUUGAACAAGUUUCACUUGAACCAUUUGAAAGAAAUCAUGCUACUGUCAUUGCUAGAUAUGAUAAUAUUAAGAAAUGA